UACUGCACUCUCUUUGUUCCCUCUUGCUUAACUGGACACAGCCUAGUGCUUGCCAAAUCGACAAAAUAUUCUGUUUUAGUUGCUCAAUAAGCAAGUGUAUAAAAAUAAACCCAUGUAUCGAAUUCUGCUGAAUCAGGUAUCUCAAAGGAUUUAUACAAACUUAGUUAUUAUCUAAUCAGUCAGCAAUAAAAAAAAUCAGCUGAUCACACUUCUCGGAUUCCUCUGCGUGGAUGAAGUUCUUCUGCUAUAUGAUAAAACUAGUGCGUAAUAUAUUUAUACACACCGUGUAAUUUUUGCUUACACUUAAAAUUGAGAAGAGAAGGCGCACGCGAAUCAGAGUGCUACAAAGUAGUCUUGAUUGAGACACUUUAAAUACCUCGCAGAAAGAAUUCAAAUCGCCCAACAAGAACAAUGAUCAUAGCUCUGUUGCUGUUGGGCGUGUUUAUUCUAUUGUUGUAUCAUUAUUCCGUUCAAUAUGGAAGAUUUGGACGAUUUAUCAAUCAACUACCGGGAAUGCCGACGCGUCCGAUUAUCGGCAAUACUCUAGAAUUUCUCAUUUCACCAGAGAAACUCUGGAAACUUAAUCGUCACUUAAGUGAAAUAUAUUAUCCAAUUCAUAGAAUGUGGUUCUUCACGAGUGGUCAGGUCAGCAUUCGCCAUCCAAAUGAUCUAGAGGCAAUACUAGGCAAUAUGACGCAGCAUCUGGCAAAAGGUGAACUAUACGACCCACUUGUUCCCUGGUUGAAGACCGGCUUACUUACUAGUACAGGACAAAAAUGGCAAAGGAGGCGAAAGAUAUUAACGCCGGCGUUUCAUUUUUCUAUAUUGAAACAAUACAUCGAUGUUUUAAUCGACGAGGGUAACCGCAUGGUGAACGAUAUUCUGACAAAAAUCAAGGACUCGACGGUCACGGAUUUAAUGUCAUUUGUCAGUCAUCACACGUUGAACGCGAUAUGCGAAACCUCUAUGGGAAUUUCUCUGGAAACUAUGGGUGAAUCUCAGGAACAAUAUCGCCAGGCGAUUCACGAUAUGGGUACAAUUCUUCUUUACAGAACCUGGAGACCGUGGUUUCGCUCCGACAUGUUAUUUGCAUUGUCUCCGAUGGGUAAAUUGCACACAAAAAGCUUAGACAUACUACACAAAUUCACUAAUAAAGUAAUCACAGAAAGAAAGCAAUAUCAUGAGCGCACCAAUGGGCAAUAUUUGAAAUUCCAAACCAAUGAAGCGGACUCAGACGAAGUAAUAGGAACACGAAAAAAGCGACUUGCUAUGUUAGAUCUUCUGAUAGCGAGCGCCCACGAGAACCAGUUGAGUGACGCCGAUAUCAGAGAAGAAAUCGACACAUUCAUGUUCGAGGGUCACGAUACCGUAGCAAUGGGUAUAAUCUUCUCUCUGUUACUAUUAGCUGAGCACAAAGACGUUCAGGAUCGUGUCAGAGAGGAAGUUGACGAGGUAAUGGAAAAUAACGGCGGGAAACUCACUAUGACAGCUCUGCAGAAUCUGCCAUAUUUAGAACGAUGUCUGAAAGAAUCAUUGAGAUUGUAUCCCAGCGUUCCUUUCAUAUCGCGAGUCGUGUCGCAAGACGUAAAAUUACAAUCAUAUACGAUACCGGCUGGAACGGUGCUGCACAUUAACAUCUUUGACACUCAUAGAGACCCAAAGUUUUGGGAAGAUCCAGAAAAAUUCGACCCGGAUAGAUUUUUAACGGAAAAUGUCCGAAAUCGUCAUCCGUAUUCUUACGUGCCUUUCAGCGCCGGGCCGCGAAACUGCAUAGGUCAACGUUUUGCCAUGCUGGAGCUCAAGGCUGUGAUAGCGUCUCUGGUGCACAAAUUUCAUUUGGAACCGAUAGAUAAGUUAAGUGACUUGGAAUUUAAGAUAGACAUUAUACUUCGCGUUUCGCAUCCAAUCCGUUUAAAAUUUAUUCCCGUCGAUAAAUCGCGUAAGAGCGCGAAGUCUCAGAGUGCAAGAUCCUAACGUGUGUCGCAACGUAACUAAAUAUAUAUACAUAUAUUCAUAUAUUCAUAUAUUCUAGUAUUAAAAUUGCACGCGUAAUACACGUGCAAUUUUAAUAUAUACAUUGCACACGUAAAACACGUACUGUUGGACGCAAUACAGGGUAAUUUUGUAAUAAAAAAAAUUUCUAACAUCGGAACUAGAUAUAUUUUAUAACAUGUUUUAUAACUAACAUAUAUUUUAUAACUAACAUACAUAUACUUCAGAUUUGAUAACCGUGUUUUUGAUGCAAGAGAAUUUUGUGAUAAAAUAUGUGUUGCAUUCAAUGAUAAAUUUUCUAUAAUAAAUGUUGUAUUAAACAUCACUGAAAGUUGUGAUAAAUUUAUAAUAUAUAUUAUGCUUAAUACAUAUAUAAUAUGUGACUGUUACAUAAAAUUGUUCAACAAACAUAAAAGUUCAGGAAUGGAACAAGGCAAAGUUGAUAAAAAAAUUACAUAACAUUAUAGUGAUUAUUUUCUCGUUUUGUUAUAUUUCUAAAAGUGUACAAAAAUUAUUAUGCAAAGAAGUGUGUACGAAACACUUUGUUCUUGACGAUUAAGAUAGUUGAAUGAAAAAUGAGUAGGAGACUAUAUAUACUCGUUACUUCUCAUACCUAUAUUUUUUAAGUACUUCUCAUACUUAUAUUUCUUAAGUGCUUGUUCAGUACUUAAGUACUUUUAUAUAUUUCGUUAAUAAACAAUACAUUCUCGAGGAGCGAGUUACAGACUUGUGAAGUUGCCUUCCAGCAAAGAACACAACACGAGUUCACAUACUGUUAGACACUUAGUGAUUUUCCAUAUAGAUCAAGAUCGCUGCAAUUAUUAGUUGUAAGUCAGUGCUUCAACACUGAUUUGCAAAAAAACAAAUCAGAUCAAGGUACGCGACUUAUAUAACGUUCUUCAUUUCAUUAAAAAAUUGUGAGUGAUAGGAUAUCUUCAAGUUUAUUUUUGAGAUACGUGUAAAAUAAAACUAUAUUACAUAAAAUAUAUUAUAUAAAAAAAAACCACAUAAUAAAUCUUAUGUAACAAAUUGGUGUUAGACCAAUGAUUAUUUGAGGAACAUAGAACAUUUAUACAAAAAAUCGAGAGAUGGAUAGAUUGUUCAAUUAAUAAUAAUCUAUGUACAUAAUGUGUGUGUAGAAUAUACAAUCUGCGUCAAGGAUUAGUGCAAACAAGAUCUGAAUGAGCGGCAAAAUAAGGUUCUCAUAUAUUAUAAUACUUUAUUGUCAAAACCGAUCAAAUACACAAAAACGCGUUUUUCUCCGAACAUUUGCUUGUAUGCGACUCGAUAUCAAUUUAAAAAACUUUGGAAACUAAUGUCCAAGUGAUAGAGUUGCUUCACUUUUUGUUGCGUAAUCCAUUUUUUAUUUUUUACCGUUUGUAUUUGUAGAAUCAUGCAAAUAAAAGAUACUUUUUACAUGAA